UCAAAAAUCACAACAAAUAUGUUUUUGUUUUCUACCACACGUGCAAUUGUACCGUAUAGGAAUUUCAUGAACGGAAAAUAAUCAUAAUGAGCCAAGAAACAAGUGUCGUUGAAUUAGAUAGCCCGACAAUCCAAACUUCCGUCGACGAUGAAAAUUCGUCGGAAAAACAGAUGUCCAAGCGCCAGAAAAAGAAAAUGCUCAAGAUGCAGCAGUGGGAAAUCAAGAAAAAGGAGAAACGACUCAAAGAAAAGGAAAAACUCAAACAACGCAAACUGGAGGCUAUAGCGGCCGGUUUGCCGACUAGGAAUGGCCCUAGCAGGAAGGAACUAAAACGGAACAAAAUUGACUACAGUAAGUCGGAUAUUUCGGUUGUGGUGGACCUUAGCUUCGACAAUAUGAUGAUCGACAAGGAUGUGGCGAAGUGCGUGAAACAGUUACUCAGGAUUUAUACGAUGAAUCGGCGUUCCGAGAGACCUAUUCCCCUGCAUUUCACGGGGAUCCGAGAAGGCGGAUCAGUUGAGAUGCAUCUGAAGCGAAACGAUGGUUACCAACACUGGGAUGUGAAGUUCAGCAACGAUUCGUUUGCGAAUCUCUUCGAUAGAGAUAAACUUGUUUAUCUGUCCAGCGAGUCGGAUAAUGUGCUGACAGCCUUGGAGAAGGAUCAUGUUUACGUAAUCGGAGGACUGGUAGAUCAUAAUCAGCAUAAGGGGCAUUGCUACGAAUUGGCGAGUAGACUGGGGAUCAAACAUGCUCGGUUGCCUCUGAGUGAGCAUAUCGUGAUUAAGACUAGGACUAUUUUAACUAUUAAUCAAGUUUUCGAAAUACUUAUGAAGAUUCAGCUGGGGAAGCAGUGGCAGGAAACCUUGCUUGAAGUGCUGCCAAUGAGGAAAGGGGCAAAACCCAAGGAGUCGAACGAAUGUUCAGAGCAACAAAGUUUAGUGGAUGAAAUGCAACACAACGGACAACAAUCACAGUUAGUGAAAUAGUUGGCAAGGUGUACCAGCUGAGCUAAGUACCAAUUACAUGUUGGUAUGAGAACAAUAAAAAAAACAGAUACCUUAUUUGUUUUUAUCUCAGAA